AGAUUUUUUUUUUCUUUCAAUUGUUUCAAUCUAAUUACUUUGAAUUCUUCUUCUUCUUUAUCCUCUCCAUUUUCUUCCUUUUUUUCAAUUUCUCAUUUCUUCUGGACGAUCGCCGGAGACUCAAUCGGAAAAUUCACCAACUGUUUAUGGAUUGCAGAAGCAGAUCCCUAUCAGCAUCGCCGUCCGCCGUCUCCGCCGCCGUCAACAACAAAUAUCCGAUUCUUCAGUUUUCAUCUCAGCUCUCUAAUCCUUCAUAUACUCCUUUCACCCCGUGGAUACGAUACCUCCGGUUCAGUUUUUCCUGAUUUAUCUUACAAUUUUUUUAUAUGCGAAGAGAACUCCCAAAGUUUACUCUUUCAGUAAAGCUGUCAUUGUUUUAAUAAUCCGGAGCCAAAACUUAAACUUGAAUUAAGGAGACACUAAUUAAAUUAUAGCCAAGAAGAGGUGGUGGUGUGGCUUGAAAUGAUUUAAGUGCUUUCAAUGUCAACUUAAGAUGGCUGCUUCUACGAGUGUGACAAGUCCUCUACAUAAGAAGAUGUCUGGGAGGAGGGCUAAGACUUCUGGUUGGGCUGCAUUUGACCUCAAUGAGAGACUGAAGCAACAAAAUCUUGAGCCAGAGCCUGAGAGAGAAACCUUCCCCAACUUAUCCGUUCCGCCCACUUCCUUAAGGGGUCCAUCUCAAAGCAUCGCAAAGAACAGUGGAGCAACUCUAGAGAAGCCUUUUUCAUCCUUGCUGCUACCGUCUGUAAGUUUUCCAUCGUUAAUGGCUACUAAAGAGUCUGAUGCAAAUCAUAGUCAAGUUGGCGAUUCUUGUUUCAACCAGACUGAUGGUUUUAUCCGAGAAAGAGGUUUUCUAGAGGUGUGUCGAAAGCUGAAAGAGCUCCAGCCAUGGGCUGAUGACACCUUGAUCGCAGAUGUCUUGGCUGGUGUAAAUGAUUUCAAUAAGGCCUUGACAUUGUUGGAUGCAAUGGUAUCUCCUGAUCAUACAUAUGUUGCACAUGACAACAGAACAACUCCAGAAGAAGCAGAUACUCCCUACAUACAAAACCUUAAAGACGUAGACACAGAUACUAAAGGGGUCAAGUCUAGUAGUAAGAAUUCUCUCAUGAAUAUUAACAAGUUUGCUGCUAAUAAAGGUGUGUCAUUGACAGACAAUGUGGAUAUGGAUGAAUUGAGCCAUGCACUUGCCAAGUGUCUUCAGAGCAACAGUCAGGAACUAAUAAAUAACUGUGUUUCUCACGAGAACAAACUUCAUUUUGAUGGAGCAGUGGGGAGUAUGAGCUUUGUACCGGUUGAGCCUGAGUGGGAAGAGGAUGAUAUUUACUCGAUCCAUCGGAAGGAUGCAGUGAAGAUGACGAGGUCGGCAGCCCGACAUUCUAAGGCUGCCAGUGAGGCCUAUCUCAGAGGAGACCACUUAUCUGCCCAACAUUUUUCUCUAAAAGCCCAAGAAGAGUGGGAUGCUGCUAAUAGGCUAAAUGCCCAGGCUGCAAAAGAAAUUUUGACUGCCUGCAACGGUAAGAAUGAUCAAUGGACACUGGACUUGCAUGGUCUUCAUGCAAAAGAGGCAGUUCAAGCCUUACAAGAACAUUUGCAAAAGAUUGAAUCUCAGGUGGCACAGAAUAAGCGCAGCUUUGGAGCUGCUGUCUCUUUUGAUGUGGAGAAUGAGAGCAAAGGGUCCCACCUAUUGAAUAAGCAGCGGCCAGCUUUCUUAGAGGUCAUAACAGGUAAAGGUAUUCAUAGCCGGGGACAAGCUGCACUUCCAAUGGCUAUAAGAAGCUUUCUCGUGGAGAAGGGAUAUCGUUAUGAGGAGACAAGGCCCGGGGUGAUCACAGUUAGACCCAAGUUCCGACCACGAUAAAUACGUUCAUAUGUAUAUUUUGGGUCCCAAUUUAGUGCAUUUGUUUCUGUUGCUAUCAACUUUGACCUAGAGAUUUUGAGUCUUGAACUGGUCUUAUAAAAACGACCAGAAACCUGUUGUGGUUAUAUACUGUUGAAUAUUUCUGUAAUUGCAUACCAUCAAACAUUGUAUGUACUUUGCUGAUUUCUCCACAGGUCCAAACUAACACUUGAAAGUA